GUAAAGUCAAUCCUACAAUAACUUCCUGCUUUCAUAAGCUGCAUGUGAAAGUCCAGUUUAUUAUCAUAUAUGCAGGUAAGAAGGAUUGACGAGCCACUUUAACAGUGCUGUGUGCAGAUAUUUCCAUUCACCUCCAUCUUUAAUCAUGAAAAGCUCCAAAGAAGCCGUGCAGACAGCUGCCAAAGAGUUUCUUCAUUUUGUUAAUAAAGGAGUUUCACCAUAUCAUGUGGUGGAAGAAUGUAAAUCUCGCCUGCUGAAAGCUGGUUUUAAGGAGCUUAAAGAGGCAGAACACUGGGAUAUUAAACCUGCCAAUAAGUAUUUUGUGACCAGGAAUUACUCCACUAUUAUUGCAUUUGCGGUAGGCGGUCUUUACAAGCCUGGAAAUGGUUUUUCCAUAAUUGGAGCUCAUACGGAUAGUCCGUGUUUGAGGGUGAAGCCACGCUCUAAGAAGACAAAGUUAGGCUUCCUGCAGGUAGGAGUUGAGUGUUAUGGAGGUGGAAUCUGGAACACGUGGUUUGAUCGUGACCUGACCAUUGCAGGACGUGUUAUGAUUAAGAGUGAAGGCAAGCUGGUGCAGCGUCUGGUUCACGUUCCACGUCCCAUCCUCAGGAUCCCUCACCUGGCCAUUCACCUGCAGAGAGAUAUUAAUGACUCAUUUGGACCCAACAAGGAAAACCACCUAACACCUUUGUUGGCCACUGCCGUACAGGAGGAGCUGGAAACGGGCUGUGCUGCCUCAGGAGAUGCCUCUAACGCAACAUCCACAGCAGAGAAGCAUCAGCCUGCUCUGAUCCAGAUGCUGUGUGGACAGCUUGGGGUCGAGCCUGAUUCUUUACUGGAUUUUGAGCUCUGUCUGGCAGACACGCAACCAGCUGCACUGGGAGGCGUCUUUGAGGAGUUUAUCUUCUCUCCUCGUCUGGACAACCUGCACAGUUGUUUUUGUGCCCUCACGGCUCUAAUGGAUUCCAGCACACCUGAUUCACUAGCUAAAGACACAAACAUACGUAUGGUUACUCUUUAUGACAAUGAAGAGGUGGGGUCGGAGAGCGCUCAGGGAGCCUGUUCAAACCUUACAGAAUUGAUUCUGAGACGUUUGGCUUCGACUCCUGAAAACCUGACUGCCUUUCAGGAGGCCGUGCCACUGUCCUACAUGAUCAGUGCGGACAUGGCCCACGCUGCACACCCUAAUUACCAAGAGAAACAUGAGGAGAACCACAGACCUGCUUUUCAUAAGGGUCCUGUCAUAAAGUUUAAUAGUAACCAACGCUACGCAACCACUGCUGUGACAGCUGCUGUGUUACGAGAGAUCGCUGGAAAAGUGGGUGUACCUCUACAGGAUGUGAUGGUUAGGAAUGACAGUCCGUGUGGAACAACAAUUGGCCCAAUUUUGGCAGCUCGGUUAGGAAUGGCAGUUCUGGAUCUCGGAGCCCCACAGCUUGCCAUGCACUCCAUUCGAGAGAUGUGCUGCACAUCUGGAGUUCUCCAGACCACCACACUCUUUAAGGGCUUCUUUGAGCACUUCCCCUCUGUGCGAAGCACAGUAGCCGUAGACUAGACUGUCGGUUUCACUUGCCAGAACUGCAUGGAUGGAUUAAUGGACGUCAUUAAUAGGGAAAUCAAUAUCACUCUAUCCUUUCUCAUUCAUUUUCUCAGCAUUAUCAUUUGUCCAUUUAUCACUGUUUGCGACAUAGUGGAACAGGAGUUUGUUCUCUUGUAAACUGUAGCACUUGAACAGUAUGACCAUAUUGUAUACUGUACUUUGUUAACUUGUUAAUAAAGUCAACAAAUUUUUGAAUUUCA